AAAGUGCUAAUUGAUAAAAUGGAAAUUUUUGAUGAUGAUGAUCUUGUGUCAAAACUUUGCUUUCACCGGGUCAAAGAUAUUGCUUCAGACAAGUGGUGGACUUUGAUUGACAAGCAGAAAAAAUUAUCACAGCUUGCUAUUCAGAAUGCUAGGGGUGGUGAUGAGGAAAAGGUAGCAGAGGCAUUUCGGAAUCACCUUGACAAGGUGCCCACACUUGUAAAUGAAGUGACAAGUUUGGCAGUUUGGAGAAGAGAAAUUUUGCCAUUACUGCUCGAAAAGGCUGAUGAAGAGCUGGAGGCAAAAUUCUGUGUUAUCUACAUGAUUCUCUACCACGAAUCCACUAUUGUAGCUCUGCUGGAAAUUCUCCUUUUCCACUCAGACAUCUGCAAGUCUCUCGAAGACUGUGCUGUGGAUCUCGUUGAUUACUGUGCCUCACAGAUAACUUAUUUGAUUGCUAAACAGCCUGAAGUUGACACUGGCAAAGAAAAAUCUCCAGAAAAUGAAUUAAUCUGCCAGAGAGAUGAAAUUCGUUUUGGUGUUGGAAUGCGUUGCAUUACAAUUGUUCUGUACUUGGCUGAAAAUCUGGACAAAUUGAGUCUUUCGGUAACAACACGAAUCUACAAUACACACGAUUUUCCUCUGCUUCUAUGCAACCUGAUCGAGUCCAAGCCUUGGAUCAAAGAAGAAAACGGGCAGAAAAUGCAAUUCACUGAUGGCUACUGGUACAAGAAAAGUGAGGGCACGUCUGCUGGUCGACAUGAGGCCAACACUUGGCUCGCACUUCACCAACUCUUGUUACAACCAGACUUGGGCAAAUACUACCAUUUAACUGAGUACGCCAAGGGUCAAUUCAUGAGACUUGAAAGCAAGAUCAGCGGAAAUUUACUUGGCCAGCUUCAGCCGUUGCAGCAACUAAAAGAAGGACUUCUCUACAUGGCGAAUUUUCAGUUGCCAGACCAGAAACCACCAAUCAUAAUGGAGCUCAUUCCAGAAAUGACGAACGCAUUGAUGCAAGAGGGUGCAAAAGGCUGGACAAAGAUAGUUUGUCAACAAAAGAAACAAUUAGUCUCGAACAUGAAUUUGACAGAAAUUGCAGAGAAACUGAGCAACACUCUGAAGGGAUUUGAUGCACCCGUCAAUUUGUGCACAAAUUGCUCUCAGCCAGCCAAAAGCAGGUGCUCAAAAUGCAAGAAGGCCUGGUAUUGUGGUCGAGACUGCCAGCUCCAGCACUUCCCUUAUCACAAGAAAGAAUGCAACCCGGACCUUUAA